CCUCCCUCCCGGGAAGCGAGGCCCAGCCGCUUCCGCCAGCCGCGGGGCGGGGUAGGCGGAAGCCGCGGAUGUGCGUGCGCUGAGGGGGUGCGGCCGCGCCGGGUGAGGGCGGUGCUGGCGCCGCGGCCCGCACGGGUGCGCCUGUUUGAGCACUGUGGUCAGGUGCCUUACAAUCACCCAGCUUGAAGGACCUGUGAUGACUUUGAAAUUUGGACCAUCUUGGAUUAUCUGAAGCACUCCAUGUGUGAGAUGUCUGCAUCCUCUUGAGCUUCCCUCUCUUCCAUCCUUGCACCUCUCGUUAAACCUGUUCUUCAGUUUUGCCUUACAAAGCAAGUUUCUUCAGAAGAGGAAGAAGAGAUUUCACUUCCAGAGUGAAACUGAUUCCAUGUCACAUCAAGAGCUUCUCUGUUGUCCUCAAGUUCGCUGUCAGAACAUCUCAUCACAAACCUGCACACUCCUUGUGACGACUGCCAUGGGCUGCAGAAGGGGAUGUGACUAGUUCCUGCCCUGCUUAGAGACCUCUGUGUGUGUUUCCGUUUGCCAGUUGAACGCUGUUCCCCUGCAAGUGUGCUGAGAAACAAAUGCAAGCUCGAGGUGGCCUUUCAGAGAAGCCAAAGAUUUAUGCCAGCCAUGUCACUAGCUGAAUGGGUCUCACAACCCUUUGACUCUGUGGGUCUUUGUUAGGAGUCACACUGGGAUUUGUUGACCUCCAACAUUAAUGUUGAGUGUGCUGUGCUUUAAGGUUUUGAGGAAAAUGCAGAGACGGCAUAGCAGCAACACUGACAACGUUCCUCCUGAAAGAAACCGGAGCCAGACAGUGAGUUCCGAGACCAGCGUGGAUGAAAGUGGAGUCUUUGAAAGUCUGAAGGCUGAAGCUUCCUCACCACAACAGUUGUUCUCAGGCCUGGCAGGCAUCCCCUCAGGCACCAUCACAGCCACCCCAUUCCAGUCAGGUUUGGUCCUGGGCUCUUCAGCAGGAGGUGGGGAAGUAUUCAUUCAGAUGCCAGCCCCAAGGGAGGAAGGGAGCAGUCGUACAGAGGGAGCCCCGUUCCACCACCGGCAAUCAUCCCAUCAUUUCCACCAUGGCCAUCACCGGGGUUCAUCUCUGCUGCACAUGGCAGGAGGGGAUCGCCACGGGCACACUGAGGAAGGCAGUGAUGAACAAGCUGGAACUCCAGCCCCAGCUCUUUCAGAGUUAAAAGCUGUGAUUGGAUGGCUGCAGAAGGGACUUCCCUUCAUCUUGAUCCUCCUGGCUAAAGUUUGUUUCCAGCACAAGCUUGGGAUUGCUGUGUGCAUUGGUAUGGCCAGCACAUUCGCAUAUGCCAACUCAACACUCCGGGAGCAGGUCGCUCUGAAGGAGAAGAGAUCAGUGUUGGUUGUCUUGUGGAUCCUGGCCUUUCUCACUGGAAACACCUUGUACUUGCUCUACACAUUCAGCUCUCAGCAGCUCUACAACAGCCUUAUAUUUCUGAAACCCAACCUGGAGAGGCUGGACUUCUUCGACCUGAUGUGGAUUGUGGGCAUCGCAGACUUUGUACUCAAGUACCUCACCAUUGCACUGAAAUGCCUAAUUGUUGCCCUGCCAAAGAUCAUCCUUGCUGUCAAGUCAAAGGGGAAGUUUUACCUGAUUAUAGAGGAGCUAAGCCAGCUCUUCCGCUCCCUUGUCCCCAUCCAGCUAUGGUAUAAAUACAUCAUGGGAGAUGAUCCAUCCAGCAGCUACUUCCUUGGUGGGAUCCUGAUUAUCCUGUACAGCCUCUGCAAGUCUUUUGACAUCUGUGGUCGUCUGGGAAGCGUCAGGAAGGCUCUGAAGGUCCUCUGCACCCCACAGACCUAUGGAGUUCGUGCCACCAGCCAGCAGUGCACUGAGGCCGGUGACAUCUGUGCCAUUUGCCAAGCAGAAUUCAGGGAACCUUUGAUCCUGAUAUGCCAGCACGUGUUCUGUGAAGAAUGCCUCUGCCUCUGGUUUGACCGGGAGAAGACCUGUCCUCUUUGUCGUUCUGUCACGGUUGAAACCCUGCGUUGCUGGAAGGAUGGCACCACCUCUGCUCACUUCCAGGUGUAUUAAAACCAUUACAAAUGGAAUAACAUGUGUGGAGAGAAGACAAAGCUGGAAAAUCUGGUGAUCCCAAGGCCCCUGUUUAGUAGCCCAUGGAUUUAUCUUAGUCUUUCUUCCAGCUCUGUUUCUCCAGGAGCC